AUGGAGACAACAUUAGAAUCUGACCCACAAUCGAAAUUCUAUGCGUCGUCGCAUGACACAGCACUAUGCAUCAUCCCUCCUCAAUGCCAUUGGCCAGCCAUCAACCAGCUGCGAAGACUCAACGACAAGGCCUACGCCAAGUGGCCACCACACAUCAACCUUGUCUAUCCCUUUGUGCACCCCAGUGCUGUCCAAGACGCUGCCACGACUCUUGUUCAGCUCGAUUUUCUGUCUAGUCUACUUCCACGACGGGUCUGUCUCUCAGAUGCGGACGUCUUUGUGCACGACAAACACAGGACGCUGUAUUUGAAACCAAAUGACACAGCAGCGACCGACUUGCUCAGGCUUGUGAACAAGGUCCGCUUGUCACUAGGCUGGUCGGCACAGUUAGAAUAUCAUCCUCAUUUGACUGUUGGUCAGAGCGACGAGGCAUGCUCGAGUACACAUGAUUUCCUAAUGCAUAAAGCCCGUCUGCUGACACCAGUGUCUUGGGAUGCGCCACAACUUGCCAUUAUGGUCCGCGAUACUUGCCGAGAUGCCGCGGAUGGGCUUCGGCGGAUGAAGCUCUGGAAACGUUUCAAUGUUGAAUCAAGAGACUGGGUCGAGCUUGCGCUUCCUCGGGACGAACUUGUCUUUGUCGACGAUAAGAAUGGCCACUCUCAGGCCUCUAGAGCAUAUGCGCAGCCUGCUUAUCAGUGGCACCCAAGCAAUGGAAUCUGGAAGAUUUUUGAUGCUUCAUCGCUGAAGCCAAGUUCAAACGUCCUGACUUCUCUCAUUGUUGCUACUUAUAAUGUUCACGCCGAGGUUCAUUGGCCGCCCGACACGUCGAGGAAUUCGGCUCUCAUUGCCAACCUCUUAUCCCGACGUGCCGAAGCUGAUGUACUCGUCCUAGAAGAAGUGUCUGACCACUUUCUUCCCGACCUCCUCAGAGACAAAGUCGUUUGCGCCAAGUACCCUUACUGUACUCAUGGCCCGCCUGAUCAGCCUGGGAUUGGCCCUCUCCCCAGUCUCCUCAAUAUUGUAAUUUUGAGCAAGUUUCCACUGUCAUGGAAAUACCUCCCGCUCCACCGCCGACACAAAGGGUCUGCGGUCGCGACGUUUCCGACCAUCUCGUUUUUCGCUCCUCUGUCCGAGGCCAUUACCGAGCCGCUCAUCGUCGUGGGCUGUCACUUGAGCCAGGGCCUGACGCAUGACGCCCUCUCGUCUAAAAAGGCCCAAGUUUCAAGUUUGCAGCAGCAUCUCCAUCAAAAGUACAACAAGAACCCGUGCAUAAUUGCCGGCGACUUCAACGUGACAACCUCCUCCUACACGAUUGACAUGGCGCAAAGAGGUGGCGCUCUCUCCAAGAAUGGUAGACCGUGUCUAGACGAUACCCACGAUGUGCUAUCCAAAAGUGGGUUCGACGAUGCCUGGUUAGCUACGAAACUGACAACCGGUGAAUCGUCCGAGGUGGUGCUAGCCAACGAGGCCAUCAUGGAUCUCUACGAGGGAGAGCAAGGUGCCACAUUCAAUCCGCUCGAGAACAAGUUGGCUAAAAAGCUCGUCGGUGGUGGAGCAUUAGACAAACGACCUCAACGCUACGAUCGCAUUCUGUAUAGUUUGCAGCUCCCUCUACGACCUGCUGCUUUCAACAUGUUUGGCAAAGAUGUCAUGACGCAGAUUGCUGAUCAAAGCUUGGUCCACGCUAGUGAUCACUGGGGUAUCCGUUGUCUUUUUGCGGAGAAGAACACGCGUACUGGUGUUUCCGUGGGCAGCAUCUUGGAUCGUGUAAAGGCUAUCGAGCUGACCAAAGCCGCGGAUUCCUUGGGUGGGUUUGAAGACCUCAAGCGGGCAUUGCUUGCCUGUGGAUAUGUGCCAACCACAAGUGAACAAGGGACAAGGAGGCAAGCAAUUACCAUUUUGGAAAAUGUCUUGCUGGGCAUUGACCAGGCAAAGCCGGAGAAACAAGGUCGCGGACAUGUUGGCUUGAUCCUCGUUCCAGUAGGCUCAUACGGUCUUGGUGUGUGGACGAGCUCCGACCAUGUCGACUGCCUCUGCAUUGGGACGAUGAGCUCCAAGACAUUUUUCCGCAUGGCCCUUCAGCGCCUGAGAAAGGCCUCUGAUGGAGGAAUGCGCAUAUUGAGAAAGGCCUCGACCAGCACUGGCACCAUGCUAAAGCUCCAGAUUCUUGGCAUCAAAUUUACUCUUCAUUACUGCGCCGCCACCUCCAUAGUAGAAAAAUAUCCUCGGGUUAUGAACUUGCCCUCCGACCACCCCGAAUUCGCUCUCCCCGUUCAGACCUUGGCCAAGCUAAAGCCCGCCAGGGACCUGUACUACCUUUUGCGUUCCAUCCCUGAUCUGGCCAAGUUUAGAGUUGCUUUCCUUUUCAUCAAGGCCUGGGCCAGCUCGCGCGGCAUCUACGGCGCCCGGUUCGGUCUCUUAAGCGGCAUCCACAUUACGGUUCUGCUCGUCCCCAUCUGCAAGCAGCUUGCAGCCAUCUCAAUGGCUGUGUCGACAACGGACAUUCUCACUACAUUUUUUAGCCACUAUGCCGAUCUUGAAUGGGAAACGCAUGUUGUAUUAGAUCCAUUCUAUCAUAGAGAGCUACGCUAUCACCGGACGUCGAGGGAGCCUUUCUGUCUCUUGGGGUGGCAUGCGCCAGCUUUAAAUACCGCCAUGGCUGCUUCGACACCUACUGUCAAGUCAAUCGCCGCUGAACUCUCCAAAGCGAAUUCUCUAUUGUCCCAACCAGGUGCAACUUGGGGUACUAUUCUUGGUCCUGCCAGUACAGCAGCCUCCGGGGUGCGCGAUUUCCUCCAGAACUUCAAAAGCUAUGUCAAGAUUGAUGCCCGAUUUUGGGGACCGUCUCCUUCGAGCGGCCGCAAGUUUCUGAGCUGGUUGGAGUCGCGCUGCGUUGCGGUUCUAGCUGACAUGACUAGAAAAGCACCAUCCCUCCUGCCCCGACUAUGGCCUGGGCGAUUCAUUGACCGCCCCAAUACCGAUACAGUAACAGGCUCGGAGUAUCACUGCUUUUAUCUCAUCGGCCUAGCGUGGAACAGCGAAGACGGUGACCGCGCCAAAGACGACGCCAAAGCCACCAAGUUGGUCAUCGACGGCCUUUCAAACGACUUCGAAAAUAGAAUACGCAGUGAUGCCAAAUAUUACGACGCCGAUUCUUGCUGGAUGGCCGCCAGCGUUGUCAACACUUCCGAUAUUGCCUCGGCGGUUCUCGACCCAGAUUAUCUCGAUGACGCCGACGUAGCAUUCGAUGAUUUUGAGGAAGAUGAUGUCGACAGCAGUUCUGACGGGGCAGACGAGGACGAAGAACCAGCUCUCGAUAGCAGCGACGACAAAGCAGGUUCGUCGCACGCCAAGUCACGCCGUGCCGCCACUCGCCAUGUAAAGCUCAAUGUGCCCACGUCCGUCAAGCCCGAGGACAUGGGUAGGUUCCGCCCGGCGUCCGAUGUCCUCAACCGGCUGCGCUGGGACCGUGCCCUAGACGCUGAUGACUUCAUCGUUGGUUUCGAGGAUCGCUUCGCGGGGCCUCAGGAAAAGGCGCUUGCGCAGUGGAAGACGGAGCAGACGGACGAGGAGUUCAUUCCACAGCACCGCAUCCUCUACUUCAAACGACGCAGCGACGACCGCGUUGUCUGGGAGCGCAAGACACGCAUUGAUCGUAUAUUCGGCAGUGGUGUGGUAGCCGCAGACAGCGCAGUGGAAUAG